AUGUCCGAGGAGGACGAUUGUAUAGUUUUAUCUGUUGGAGAUGAUGACAACAACGAUGAUGAUGAUGAUGUUGAAGUUGUGGUAAUACAAGACACUGGUACAGAUCUUGCUGAGGACUCAUUUUCUGAUGAUGAAGUAUUGGUUCUACUAACAAAUUCUGAAGAUGGCAGCGAUGUCCCUGAGGAGCCGCCUGAAUUGUCAUGUGAAAUGGAAGAUUUUGCAGCAUUAAAUAGCCAAGUAGUUUCAUGUCUGGCAAGUUUAAAAAGAGGUAACCCUGACUCAGAGGAAGUGGAAUCUAUGCCAUUGUACAAAAGAGGGCGACCAUCUAUUCCAGAAGACAAUUGCAUGGAGAACAAUGCACCUGAAGAUUUAUUUCAUGGAAAUCGUCAAAACCUACUUGCUGAACUCGAGCGCUAUUGUCAGAAUUUGAAUGAACUUACCGAAAUCAUCAGUAGUCAGAUUAACCACCUUCGUGGAAUAGUUUCAGAAAUGCAGCGUUUUUUGGGGAGACCACAGACACUACCCUGUGGAGAUGGUAACCCACCUUCACCAGCUGAGAGGCAGGAAAAUGAUGCUGAGACUAAUCCAGGAGGGGCAUCUCUUCAGUUAGCAGCAUGCCCUGAACUGCAGCAGCUAACGCCCAGCGAGAGUCCAUCACUUCCCAGGAUUGUCUCUACGUACUCAUUACAGUCAAGUCAUGACUCAGACAGCCCAUUUUCUAGGCUUACUCUUUCACCCAUUUUCAGUGAAGGUGAUGAACAUAUCAACAGUGAUCUCUUAUCUGUCCAGGAUCCUCUAGCAGAACUUAUAGCAGACCUUCCACAAGUGGAAUCUAGUCUGCCUGACAACUUUGAGACAGUGAGAUAUUCAACUAUAAAUAACAGGAUGAACCCAGACACUGCCUUGCCAUCUCUCUGCAUCGCUCCCAAUUUUGAGGUAGCAGAAACCAGCCUGGAGAACAACCCCGAAACAAUGAGUUACUCAACUUUAUCAGGAAAUGACAGUGGCCUGAGUUCAUUAUCUGUCAACCUCCCACCCAAUUUUGGGGCUGAAAAAUUCAUCCUUACACAAAUGCCAAUAAAAGAAGAAACUGGUGUGGAAAACAGCUCUCAGACAGUGUAUUAUCCAGCUUUAUUGGGAAAUAUCAUUGAUCCAAGUACUGACUCUUCAUCUCACUCUGUCCCACCUAAUUUUGGAUUUGAAAAAGUUGUACUUCUAGAAAUGCCAGGACAAGCAGAAAUCACCGUGGAUAACAGCUAUCAGAUAGUGGGAAAUGAAACUGUAAUGGGAAAUGAAACUGAAGUGGGAAAUGACAGUAACCCAGAUACUGGCUCUUCACCUCUCUCCAUUCCACCCAGUGUUGAAAUGGUGGUCAAAUCAGAAACCAGCCUGGAAAGUGACACUCCAGUGAUGAAUCAGUCACCUUUCUUGGAAUAUGACAGAGAUGAAGAUGCUUCAUAUGUCUUCAUCCCUUCUGAUGUUGGAUCCGGCAUAGAAAUGAGUUCUGAAGCAGAGAAUCAUGCAAGUGUAAUAAAAAAUGACAGUGACCAACAAAUUGAUUCAGAAUCUUUCUUCCUAACUUCUGGAUUUGCACUUCUACCUGUAAAAGUAUUGGUGAAACAAGAAAACAACACAGAAAACAGACCUGAAACAAUGAAUCACCCAAUUGUAUUGGGAAAUGACAGUAGCGAAGCUUCUUCCUUAUCACCUGUCCUCAUGCCUUCCAAUUUUGGAUAUCUUGGUGAUCCAAGACGAAAUAUCAGAAUGCUUGAUACUCAUUUGAUGGCUGUACAAAAGAAGGCCAUACCUAGGCACGCAGCCUGCUACUUGGUUCAUUCUUUGUUCUCCAAGGAAAUCCUGAUUUCCAGCUCAGUAGGUAUCAGUUCCCAAGGCUGCCAAUCCCUGGAUCCAAACAAAAUGGCUGCAAUAAGAGAACAUCUGGCAGCAGUUUUUCCCAACUAUGAUUUGAGUGAACAUGGAGAAGAGUGGCAAGCCUGUAUUUCCGAUAUCAAUUCUCUGAUCCACAAUUUACGUUCGAGAACACCUAAAACUGUUCUUAACAAUGGAGGGCCUACCAAACCCAAAAGAGAUCGGAAUGAUAAAAGAGAUGGUGAUGACAAUGCAAGUAGUUCCUGGGUUUCUCAGCAAGCAGCUAUCUCAGAAACGAGAGAACAAGGGAAUUCUCCCCAGAACAGCAGAGCUCUCCCUGAAGGAAUUCAAGAACCUUCCACUGAUGGUGCAGCAGUCUCGGAUGAAACACUUGAAUAUCUUGGAGAUCCACGUAGAAAUAUACAGAUGCCAAAAUCACUUCUGAUUACAGCAAAAGAGAAGUCUCGUCCAGAGCUGUCAGCCAUGUACCUUAUUCGCAGCCUGUUCACAGACGAAGUCCUGAUGAAUAGUGUUCGUGGCAGUCUGGGGCAUGGAGUGUACUCCCUGGACACCAAUGAGAUUAAUGCUCUUCGAGAGUUUCUCCAGGACAUCUACCCGACUUGUGAUCUAUCGGAAAAUGGAUACAACUGGAAAUUGUGUGUGAUGGCUAUCAAUAGUUGUAUUCAUAGUCUUAGAUAUGACCCGCAGAGGUCCACAGCUGAAUCACAGUCACCUCCAGCAACGACUCCUUCAACAGAGUCCAAACCGAAAGAUACCGACUUAGCUGACUAA